AUGUCUAAUAUCCUCGGAGGAACAGAAAAUCCGUUGAGCACCUCCAUUAUCCUAAUACAGGAAGGGGUUGAGGUCAGCAGUGUUCGAGACGCGAAUGAUGCAGUACCAUCCGCAAUACACGAUAAUGUCCACAUCACUCCUAGUUAUAUUGAAUUUAAGGAAGCUAGCGAGGGGAUAACAUGUCGACAACUUAUUACUAUCAAGAAUACAGGCCUGAAACCAGCCUUUGUUAAACUUCGACAACCCUAUUCAAUUGCAUUCCAAGUGAAAAUCCUAAAGAACGGAGUGAUGCUUAAUCCAGGAUUAAGCGUAUCCACAACUGUGAUAUAUUCUUUCAAGAGACCAUCAUUCUUGCGUGCAAUGAUCCCUAUUGAGAUCAAUGGGAAAAGUCUCGAUUACAGAGUUGUAUGUAAAUUAUUGGAAGAAGGUAUUAGUGUUGAACCAAAAACAAUUGAUUUUGGGAUUCUUGAUAUUGGCUACUCUUCUGGUAUCAAAGUAUUAACUAUGAGGAAUGAUGGCGGUAAAAGUACUAGGUUUUCAAUUGAUCUUGGUAAAAAUGAUUUGGAAAUUGCGGUGAAGCCAUUGCGUGGCGUCGUUACACCUAAUAGACCGGUUCAACUCACGGUCGAGUUAAUUGGCAUGCAGGAAGGCGUCUUUUAUAGCGAAUUUUGGAUAAAAUCAUCACCAAACAUACGUAUUCCUCUGAAGGUUAACGUAAUUGCCCCAAAGCUUGUAGUUUAUCAUCCCAAUACAACCGGAGAUUUCACCCUCAUUGAUUUCGCUGUAGCCGUGGCAAAUACUCGAAAAUACGAUUCCUUCGUGCUAAGAAAUGUUUCUUCUCAAGUAGCCAGCUACGUGGUACUUGGAGAAAUAGAAAAUGAAGUGAAAUGCAUUCGAGUAACGUGUUCGAUUCUAUUACUUAUCGUAUAAUGAAACUGUACAAACAGAUCCUUGGUAUCCCUUAUAGGACAUUGACCGUGAAAAGUAUCCUGUUUAUAAUGCUUUUGAAAUCCGACCGA